CUUCCGCCUCCCCCCGAGUGUUGUCGAUCUCUCCCGAACGGGUCAAUGUCUGAGGAGCGGAGGCAUCGGAAAAAUCUGUGUGGCCUGCGGUGUGCUGUUCCCGUGUACGAGAAUCAACUUGGUUGAAAGGACAUUUCGGAUAACUCCCGAAGGAAGAAAAACGAUAGCAUCUAUCGGUUGAAUCGGUGUCACCGGAACCCCUCCUCCGUGACUAACGUCCCGACUGGGAGAUUCCCCUUCCCUCCCCCGUGUCAUAGUGUGCAGUGAAAACCCCCCGUGUGUGUCAAACGAAAAAGUGAAUAAAAAGAAAAAUUAACCGACACCUUUUUUCAACCAACGAAUCCCGUUGGAGUCAAAAACAACGGAUUUAGUGAGGUUCGUGACGCCGCCCACACGUCGUCAACGCCGUGAGGCCGUUCCGUCGCCCCCGCGGGAAAAUGGUGUGCGCAAUGUAUACUGCAGCCACAUCUCCACGAAAUCAAGACUAAACCCCUUGAAAUAAUCAACCUCCAUUUGCCAAUUCCCCAGCACCUGGUGUGCCCGCAAGUGUUGAAAAAAAAAAAGGAGACGUCCUCGUUGGCCCCCUGAGACAGUCACCCUGGUGUUCUCUCAUUCUCAAAAAUUCCGAACAAUAAAUUCCGAAGUUACAUGGAGAACAGAGAGAUCGUCGACUGGUGGUGUGCUAUAUAAUCCGUCGUGUCGUUUUGCCCGUGCGCGCCUCGUGUUACUACUCGCCGUUCUGAAAACGUCGGGUACAACUCCUCAUUUUUUUUCUCCAACACACUCGAAAAAAGUAGUGAAGAAAUUUUUCAAUUUCGGAGCAAUUGACUUCGUCGAGGAGUAUUCACAAGUGAUUAGUGGCAUUGGUGAUCAGGUGAAUGAGUGCGAGUGGGUGGUAUUUGGUAAUUGGUGUGAGUAGUCGGUGAGGAGAGGGCGCAGGAUUAAAUCAUAAAGACGGCAGCCACGACGACGAGGAAGAAGCGGGACGCAUCAUUGCCCCGUCAACAUCGAGGGGCAGAAUUGUUGAUAAGUGGAGUUACCUGGUGGAUAGGAUUACCUGCGAGUGAGGGCCCAGGGGAGAGAGGCUCCAGGGGCGAGGAUCUUUUUAUCUGAGGAUUUUUUUUUCUUUUUUUUUCUUUUUUUGUUCACGGGACAAUUUAUUUUGGGGGAUUUUAAUUACCGACUGAGUCUGAGCGUGCAAGAGGCGUUAAUUGAGACAUUGGAGCAAUGUGAUAUUGGUUGUCAUUGAUGUUCGUGACGUUUAUCACGGGGAGAGUGCACAGUUAAUAUUUUUGGAGGGAGGAGAGUGAGGUGUUGCCUUUUGGUGAGGAUCCAGUGGAUUUGGGAGAGGAUUUUUGGGAGUUCGCUCCAGGGGGACUCACGGGGAGCUUUUUUGGGAAUUUGGGGGCACAGUGUGAGGGGAGGUUUUGAGGUGGUGGCGGCUCAGGUGCCGGCUAAGGUGGAGGUGGCUGGCGAUUUAUCAUGAGCGGCCGUCCGAGGACCACUUCGUUUGCCGAGGGCACCAAGCCCCCCGCUAAUCCGCCCCUGGGUGGCAUGAAGAUCAGCACGUUAUUUUCAAUGGGUGGUAUGACGUUGGCUGCAGGUAGGGAUGGAAGCAAAGUUACAACUGUCGUGGCCACACCUGGUGCUAGGCCAGAUCUUCCACAGGAGGUUGCCUACACCGAUACUAAGGUCAUUGGCAAUGGCAGCUUCGGUGUCGUUUAUCAGGCCAAACUGUGCGAUACUGGUGAGAUGGUGGCAAUCAAAAAAGUCCUUCAGGAUAAGAGGUUCAAGAAUAGAGAACUCCAAAUAAUGCGACGACUUGAGCAUUGUAACAUCGUGAAACUCAAAUACUUCUUCUACUCGAGCGGUGAUAAGAAGGAUGAAGUCUAUCUCAAUCUCGUGUUGGAGUACAUACCUGAAACGGUGUACAAAGUUGCACGGCACUACAGCAAGAGCAAGCAGACGAUACCGCUGAGCUUCAUCAAAUUAUACAUGUACCAACUGUUCCGUUCUCUGGCAUACAUUCAUUCGCUAGGCAUCUGUCACAGGGACAUUAAACCCCAGAAUCUUCUACUUGAUCCGGAGACUGGGGUUCUCAAGCUCUGUGACUUUGGAUCAGCCAAACAUCUCAUUCGUGGCGAACCAAAUGUAUCUUACAUAUGCAGUCGCUAUUAUCGGGCACCUGAAUUAAUCUUCGGGGCUAUCGAUUAUACCACCAAAAUUGAUGUAUGGAGUGCCGGUUGUGUAUUGGCUGAGUUGCUACUCGGUCAGCCCAUAUUCCCUGGUGACAGUGGGGUCGAUCAGCUCGUUGAAAUCAUCAAAGUACUCGGCACACCGACACGUGAUCAGAUCAGGGAAAUGAAUCCCAAUUAUACGGAGUUCAAAUUUCCACAGAUCAAGUCACACCCAUGGCAAAAGCUGUCUAAACUCCAGGUAUUUCGUGCCCGAACACCCCCAGAAGCAAUGGAACUUGUAGCCCGUCUCCUGGAAUACACUCCACCCCUGCGAAUAACUCCCCUAGCAGCCUGUGCCCAUCCAUUCUUCAAUGAGCUACGAGAACAAGGCACCCUCCUACCAAGUGGACGUGAACUACCUCCACUAUUUAAUUUCACCGAGCACGAGUUACGUAUUCAACCAAAUUUAAAUGCAAUUUUAAUCCCAAAAUACAUGCAAACAGCAGAGACAACAACUGAGGGACAAUCGACAGCUGAGCCAACGAGUACAGCUGCUGGUGGUAGUGGUAAUACAACCGAUAGUAACGUCAAUACGACAUCGCCCUCCGUCACACAAAAUACCGAUCCUAAUCAAUCGACCAUGGCCUAAGGGGGCCGCAAUGAAAAAAAAAAACAAAAAUGAAAACAAUUUAAUUUACUUCAUUUCGAUGAAUUAAUCCCAAUAAAGAGCAAGAGAAUUCAUAAUUUUGCAUCGAGAAUGCCCCAUUGUAAAUUGAACUCAACACCCUAGAUCAAUGCCAGCUGUCAUUGAAUUGAGUCGAUAAUUCUGUAAUCGAGAUGAUUAAAAAAAAAAUCUCCUAGUUCAUUAGGAAUAGCGGUCGGGACAGCAAUCGAUCAGUUUCGCCUCCAAGUACCCCAACAGACUCAACAUCAGCACUUGAUCGAAGGGUUGAAUUCAGUGUAUAUAAUAGAAAGAACAGGUUCGUUCUGGAGGCCUCUGAUGGUUAUAUUAUCCUAAGGAAUCUUGGUUAAAAAUGUAACGUAAAAAAUUUAAUGAAAAAAAAAAACAACAUGUGUGGUAGCGAGUUAGGAUUCGCUUGCAUCGUCUUUUUAUCGAAUUUAGCUUCUUGAACGGGUGCUGGACGUUUUGAUUAUUGGAACACGUGGGCCAUCAGGAUUGCUGGGGGGAGGGAGGAGGGGGGGAGACUUGAUAGCAACAAAAAAUUGAUGCAGAAAAAUUGUUUAAAAUGUGUGGACUAAUAAUUGAAUUUCUUUUUCAUUAAACUGACAGCCAAUUUCGUUUCUAUUGGUGUCAACAUUUCGGCAAAUGUAUUUCCAAAAUAUUCAUAAUAUUCUUCAGUUUUUUCAAACAAUAAAAAUUCGAGAAAUGGGUAAAUCAUAGCUGUGAUUUCACACAUUUCUUGAGAGUUUUUUGAAGAUAAAAAUCUAGCUUUAACGUUCAGGACUCUGAACAAUUUUUGAGAAAUCAUUUUGGCGCAUUAUUCGUUCUUAUUAAUGUUAAAAAUUUACAGUCGUCUCCUCUUGAAUAAUAAUCUUACAUCAAUCUAUUAAACGUCCCUAGAGCAUUGAUUCGCUGUUCCACAAACGUUCAAAUCGCUAUUAAUACUUUGUUAUAGUCGAGUGUAUUAUUAUUAAUUAUUAUUUUAUUAUGAUUUAUUUUUCUUUUCUUGUAAUAAAUGUGAGAAUCUAGAGGUCGCGAUUAUUUUUCUAAUUGUCCAGUGUUUUAUGUUUAAUUCACGUAAAACGUUCUUUUUUUUCGAUGUGAAAGGUUCAUGAAAGUUGGGAAUAACUAAUUUACUAUGGGAGGGAAGAAAAGAAACAAAGACGUCGUACCUAGAUUAAUGCUCCAUUGGCCUUUUAUAUAUAGUAAAAGAAUCAUUAAAUCGAAAUAUUAAAGAAUUAAUAAUGCGUUUAGAAUUGUCGUAAUCCAAUGAAAAUUAUUUAAGUGAGUACGAGAUGAUUAUUUUACUGACUGAGAUAGAAUGUACACAGUGGGUAGCAUAUUUGUUGUGCGAUAUCAUUGCCUCGCAUAAUUGUUAUAUUUUUUUCUCAAUAUUUUUUUCAAUUUCUGGACAUAUAUAAGAGGCUGUUGUGGAGAACAGCAGGAAAUUAGAUCGAUUUAAAUAAAAUGCCUUUAACAUUAAUUAUUUGUAUAUUUAAAUAUUAAUUAUUGACGAGAAAUUUAAUGGUAAUAACACCAGUUGUAAGUUUAUAAGCGAUUUUAUUUUUUCUUUCUCUCCAUUUUUUUAUUCUCUUCUUAGGAAACUCUAAUUCAUUAAAUCAAAUGCUCUCAUCAAUUUGCAAUAUUUUUUCGAUGUCUCGCUGUUGUUUUUUUCUGUCAUUUUGAUCGGAAAAUCUAGCACGUCAUUAACACAUAUCAUCUAUUAUUCGAGGUAGAUUUGAAUUUACCGGAAUUGGAGAUGUUUUCUUUUGUUUUAGGAUUCAUGUGAAUAUUUAUCACUUACAAUAAAUCUUCGAAAGUA